AUGUCUGCACAACAGCAAAUAAACAACGCCAAGUCCGCAGAUGGCAAGAUCAAGGACUUGGAGAAGGAUACCUAUGAGUUGAACGACAAGCAACACAUGACCACCGACUAUGGGGUCAAGAUCUCUGAUCCCGACCACUGGUUGCGUGUGGUCAAUGAGAAGCAGACCGGCCCCAGUCUUCUGGAAGACCAGAUUGGCCGUGAGAAGAUUAUGCGCUUCGACCACGAGCGUAUCCCCGAGCGUGUAGUUCACGCCCGUGGCUCUGCCGCUUUUGGUACUUUCAAGCUCUUCGAGAGCGCAGAGGACGUGACCUCUGCCGGUGUUUUGACUGAUACCUCGCGUGAGACCCCGCUGUUCCUGCGAUUCUCCACCGUCCAGGGCAGCAAGGGUAGCGCCGACACUGUCCGUGAUGUGCGCGGUUUCGCCGUCAAGAUGUACACCCCCGAGGGUAACUGGGACAUCGUGGGCAACAACAUGCCCGUCUUCUUCAUCCAGGACGCUAUGAAGUUCCCCGACGUGGUUCACGCCGUCAAGCCCGAGCCUCACAAUGAGGUCCCCCAGGGCCAGAGUGCGCACAACAACUUCUGGGACUUUAUGUACAUGCAUUCGGAGGCGACGCACAUGAACUACUGGCAAAUGUCUGACCGAGCCAUUCCCCGAUCAUACCGUAUGAUGCAGGGAUUCGGGGUUAACACCUACUCCCUCGUCAACAAGGAAGGAAAGCGCCAUUUGGUCAAGUUCCACUUCACACCCGAGCUUGGUGUUCACUCAUUCGUUUGGGAUGAGGCUCUGAAGAUCUGUGGCCAGGACCCCGACUUCCACCGCAAGGACCUCAUGGAGGCCAUUGAUGCCGGUCACUUCCCCCGCUGGAAGUUCGGUCUGCAGCUGAUUCCCGAGGAGAAGGCCGACAGCUUCGACUUUGAUCCCCUGGACGCCACCAAGGUGUGGCCCGAGGAGCUUAUCCCCAUCCGCUACAUUGGCCAGAUGGAACUCAACCGUAACGUGGAUGAGUUCUUCCCUCAAGUCGAGCAAGCCGCCUUCUGUACCAGCCACGUCGUUCCUGGUAUCGACUUCUCCAACGAUCCCCUGCUGCAGGGCCGUAACUUCUCCUACUUUGAUACCCAGAUCUCUCGUCUCGGUCCCAACUGGCAGGAGCUGCCCAUCAACCGUCCCGUUUGCCCUUACAUGAACUUGGUCAACCGUGACGGCGCCGGCAAGCACCGUAUCACCAAGGGCACUGUGAAUUACUGGCCUAACCGCUUCGGCACCAACCCUCCCGCAGAGCCCUCCCAGGGUGGCUUCACCAGCUACGCCGAGAAGAUCCAGGGUACCAAGGCUCGCCUGGUGUCUGAGAAGUUCAAGGAGCACUACAACCAAGCUCAGACCUUCUACAACUCGCUUUCCGAGAUUGAGAAGAUGCACGUUGCCAAGGCAUUCUCCUUUGAGCUGGACCACUGUGAUGACCCUAUCGUGUACAAGCGCAUGACCGAACGGAUCGCCUCCAUCAGCAUCGAGCUCGCCGAGACUGUCGCGACCAACGUCGGUGGCGAUGUGCCUGCCAAGCCUCCUCGUUCCAACCACGGCCAGAAGGCCAAGGGUCUGAGCCAGCUGGAGUACAUGCCCGAGAAGGCCGUCAUCGACACUCGUCGUAUUGCCAUCCUCAUCGCCGACGGCUUCGACUUCAACGCCUACACCACGAUGAAGCAGGCUCUGACCGAGCGCGGUGCCUUCGUGUUCACCAUCGGGGCCCAGCGCAAGGGUGUGACUUCCGAGUCUGGACACACCGUCGUGCCCGACCACUUCUUCGUCGGUAUGCGAUCCACCCUUUUCGACGCGACCUUCGUCCCCGGUGGCAAGCACGUCGCCGAGGGUUUGGCCAAGAGCGGUGUUGCCAAGCACUGGAUCGCCGAGUCCUUCUCUCACCUUAAGGCCAUUGGUGGUGUCAACGAGGCCGUCCCCUUUAUUCAGCAGCAGAUUGGCCUGGAUGCCGUCGAGGUGGCUUCUGAGGGUAGUUCCUUCACCGAGUCCUACGGUGUGGUGACUGGAUACGGCGAUGCACCUUCCACGUUGAAGAUCGCCGGUGAACCUGGUCCCAACUCGAAGAACGUGGCUGAGCAGUUCAUCUGGCACAUCUCGCGUCAUCGUAACUGGCAGCGUGAGUUGGAUGGACUGUCUGACCAGGUCGGUGCCUAA